ACAGGAUUAGGGCAGCAAACAAAAAGCUUAAAGAGUCAUGUGCCUCUACUCUCCAAAUGAUCCCUUCCUGUAACCCACUUCUCUUACUGAGCUAUCCCAUGAUUCAUGCAGAGUGGGCGUAGGCACGAGCAUCAGCAGCAUCACUAAGUUUCAGCUCCUCCCUGCUGCAUGCUGGGAGGGAGAGACUGAGAGGAUCAGGGUCAGAUAAAUUCCAGACUGAGUGACGGUGGCACUGAGUGUAAAUGAGAGGACAAUCGGGUGCAUGAGUGGGUGAGAGGACAAAUUAGGCUGGGUGAUAGAGAGAGAGAGGGAGAAUUGUGAGUCUGUCUGUAUGUGCAUGAGAGAGAGAGGCAAAGAUAAAUCCAGAGAGGACAGGAGUGUGUCUAAGGGAAAGAAAAGAGGGACAGGAGGUAGAAGACAAGACACUCGGAAAAGGAGGGAACAUGGCUGAGCCGGAGCUGAAAUCGAGAAGCAGCCGGGAGACUGUUGCUAAAGCAGGGAGCCAGGAGAAGAUGGAGACAACUAAAGCAGAGCCCAACCAAGAUGGUCUCAUUGUGGAGCACCCAGCGUCCCCAUCGGACCCCAUGGUCUCUGCCCCUGCUGCCACAGACCCAACUAACAGCCCGCCUGGCAAGAGUGAAAAGAUCAAGCUCAAACGCAGCAUCACCCUCUUCAACGGCGUGGGGAUGAUCAUAGGCACCAUCAUCGGCUCGGGCAUCUUCGUGACUCCAACAGGUGUGGUCAAAGAGACCGGUUCUGCUGGCCUCUCCUUGAUCGUCUGGGCUGCCUGUGGAGUUGUUUCCACUAUGGGAGCCUUGUGCUAUGCCGAGCUGGGCACGACCAUCGCAAAGUCUGGAGGAGACUACACAUACAUCCUUGAAGUAUAUGGCGAACUUGCAGCCUUUCUGAAACUGUGGGUGGAGAUGCUAAUAAUUCGUCCAUCGUCCCAAUAUGUGGUCUCGUUGGUGUUUGCCACCUACCUUCUCAAACCCCUGUACCCAACCUGCCCUGUGCCAGACAGUGCUGCCAAGCUCAUCGCCUGCGUGUGUCUUACCUCCUUGACGUUUGUGAACUGCAUCAGCGUGAGAGCAGCCACCAAGGUCCAGGACUUGUUCACAGCAUCCAAAUUACUAGCUCUCAUCAUCAUCAUCCUCUUUGGCUUCAUCCAGAUAUUCACAGGUGAUGUGCCGUAUUUGACACCAGAAAAGGCUUUUGAAGGCAGUAAAAUGGGAGUGGACAACAUUGUGUUGGCGUUGUACAGCGGCCUCUUUGCUUUUGGUGGCUGGAACUACCUGAACUAUGUUACUGAGGAGAUGAUCAAUCCAGAGAGAAAUCUGCCCUUAGCCAUUAUCAUAUCAAUGCCGAUAGUCACAGUGGUGUACGUUCUGACCAACCUGGCUUACUUCACCACCAUCUCUCCUGAAGUCAUGGUUGAGUCUGAGGCGGUUGCUGUGAGCUUUGGAGAGUACCACCUUGGCGUGAUGGCCUGGUUGAUUCCUGUCUUUGUGGGACUCUCCUGCUUCGGAGCCGUCAAUGGAUCUCUAUUUACAUCAGCACGGCUGUUCUACGCUGGAGCCAGAGAAGGUCAACUCCCUGCUGCUCUGGGACUGGUUCAUACAGACUUGUUUACACCUGUGCCAUCACUAAUCUUUACAUGCCUCCUGUCCAUGAUGUACACCAUCUCCCAGGACAUCUUCUCAGUCAUUAAUCUCUUCAGCUUCUUCACCUGGCUGUGCGUCGGCAUGGCGAUCGCCGGCCUGGUGUGGCUGCGCAUCACCAAGCCCGAUCUGAGAAGGCCUAUUAAGGUGUAUCUUUUCAUCCCGGUGACGUUUGUUUUGGGCUGCGUUUUCAUGAUCGUCGUGUCGUUCUGGGCGGCUCCGUUCGAGAGCCUGGUGGGCAGCAGCAUCAUUCUCACGGGCAUUCCUGCGUAUCUGCUCGGCUACAAGUGGAAGAAACCCCAUAUGAUCAAGAAGAUGCUGGAAAUCUUCACAAUGUUCUGUCAGAAGAUCUUCAUGUCGGUUCCUGAGGAGAAGGAGAAACACGAGGAGGCUGAGUAACGCCCGGCAAACCGAGCAACAGUCUUCAAAUGUUUACGUUCAUUUUGAGCACAUUCUUUUUCAAAUGUACUUUACAAGCUGAAGCUAAAGUGAAAACAAAAACUACACAUUUACAACGAGGCCUUGUGGAGUGCCCUUGUGUGCAACAUGUAAAAGCAUAUUUUGUGACUCCUGCAGGCAGUUCAAAAUGCCUGCUGGUCACGUCUCAAGCCGCAUUUCAGAUUCGUUCCUGCAGCUUUUACUCUGAAAGGUUUUGACAGUCUUGUGACGUGUAAUGCUGGGACAUGCUUUCUCCUAAAAAUGUGAAUAGCGGCAGUGGAUAUAUGGUUAUGCUGCAAACACAGUAUAAGAAAAUGCUGUAAAUCUGCUGGCUUGCAGGUUUACUGUCCACCGACGAGAAAAUGAAAAGAAAAACAGAAGACGGGUUUGAUUGUUUUAACUUUGUCUGCCAUCAAUGAUAAAACUUUAGCUAGUACUGAGUAGUUUACACGUCUUCAAAAAGUGAAGACGUGUGAGGUAAAACUGAGGGUUCAGCAGUAGAGACGGUUGUAUUUCUGUAUCUAACAUGCUGCUAGCGUACAGUGGCUCUCAGAGGUCUGCAAGGGCUGCACAAUAAUAGGAAAACAGAGCUUUUCAAUAUUACAGUUGAAUAUUGCAUUGAUAAUAUCGAAUGCAAUUGCUAGAUUACCCCUAUUUUCUUUCUUUUCCGUCAUCGCCAUGUUUCCCCACUCUCUCUGAGCUUCAACAGAGGAUGUGUGGGUAAAAGACAGCAACAGUCUGUCAAAAUGUCCAGAUAGGUUAUUGGUGAGCAGUGUUUUAAUCCUACUCACUUGGACCAUCCAUCAUUGCAUCAAAACAACAUUCUGAAGUUGCACUAUUGCACAUAUUGAUACUUUGAUAACAACCGGGACUCAAUAUAUUAUGCAGCUUUACCACACACCCCUAUGAAAUGUCCAUUAUUUUCUGCAAUGAGAUCCUAAUACAGCAGCUUCAUAAUUUUAGCGUCUUUAAUGUGAUAUUUAUCCUGUGCAACUCAACUGGAAAACGAACAAAUCUUAAUUAAUUAAUGUUUGUAUUCCUGACAAACGCAUUGAGAUAAGUGAGUCGAUUCUUUGCCGCCGCUUUACAAACUGAAGCUGAAGCUAGAGGAUGAAAUGAGCAAAUGGAAAAAUGUCACGGAAAGCAAACAAAAUGGGGCAACUGAACUUAAAUGUAGAUUCACUAGAGUUGAUAAAAGGUGAAAACUCGAGAAGACUGAAAGUUGAGUGUAAAGGUUCUUCAACAAAGUCUUAGUUUGGGGUUGUUUACUCUUGGGCAACCGGGUUAUUGUAGCUUUAUUUCCUUUUGUGUUUUCCAGUUGAGCUCUGCAGGAUAUUUUACAUUAAAUAUAUAUAAAAAAAUUGAAUUUUAGCAGAGCUGCUUGCACUUUUCAGAGCCACUGUAUGAUGUCACUAUUUAAAGAGGCCUACUAGCAGCACAGCAUUUCACCCAUAUUAACAUUUAUGUUAAGCAGCUUUUGACCGAAACAGCAUUUUGCAAUCAUUCCUACAAUGACUCAGUAACUUAUUUUCAAGCACAGUUUCUAGACACACACAAAAAAACAAGAUUUGCAAUUUAUUGUGUAGUAGGAGAGCUUCUAUCAGGGUAGUCUGUUUUUUUAAUGAUUUUCUAUGAUUUCUACGCCUCCAAUGUAAUCAUGAAAAGAUUACAGAGAAACCAGCUUCUGUUGUUGUAAAGCACUAGUAGCAGAAAGGAUGGACCAGAUAGCCCUGCAGUGUUUGUGUUAGUGUUCGCAUUGGACGUUUUUGUCGUUUGUGCCAGCCUUGUCAAUGCUGAUAUUUCAGAUUUUUUGUGACACUCUCAGACCAAACUGAAUGUUUAAUGAAGCCAGAGACGCAGCCCCCACAAAAACCCAGAGAGAGAGAGAGCAUUCCCCGAAGCAGGAAAAACUGAGUCCUGCAUAAAGAAAAAAAAAAAAAGUUUUAAAAGUUUUCACUGAAUUCUGAUAAUUCAUUCAAUACAUGAUGGCUGAAGGAACGAAAAACAGGGAAAUGUGUUCCAUUUUACCAGCGUUUUUAUUCCAGUAAGUCUUUGAAUUUCUUGAGAAUUUCCUUUAUUCUCUACUCAUCUUUUUUGUUGUAAUAGUACCAUAAUUAAUUUUUUUUUAUUUUUUAAAAAUACAAUCACCAGACAUAAUAUAAUUAUUAUAGUACAUAAAAAUAUUUCACACUCAUUAUUCUGCCACAUCCAUAACAGUAAUGAGCGCACCAAUAAAUAGCACAGAGGUUGAAUAUGGAUUCCCUCAUUUUCGAUCGUCCUCACAUGAUGAUGGAUGUGUUCUGUAAGCCUCAUCAUAUAUUUUAUAUUGUGCACAAAGUACUGUAUAUGUGUAAAACAUUACUAUAUUAUGUAAUCACAUUUGCCAGGUAAAAUGUCAUGAAAAAAAAAAAAGAAAAUGUGUAUUUUUAAUCUUAAAAGUGAGAGUACCUAUUAUAUCUGUUGUAUCUUGGUGACCAUGGCAGGUACAUGUAACAAUAAAAGUAUUUUCUUCAA